AUGGAGGAUGUUGCGGUCAAUGAUAGGCUGCCACCUCGUCUCUUUGCCACCGACCGCUACCCUAGCAACAGGAACAACUGCUAUUCGUCGCUGGAGUUCCUGCUUCUGGUUAGGGAUGUGCUUGAAGGUUCAGCGGAGAUGGAAAGAUUGUUGUGUUCAUGCGCGUUUUCAGCGAAAUUGGUACAUGGAAUGCUUUCGAGGCAGUUGGUAACCAAGAAACGGUUCGAGAUGUGGCAUGUUUUCGGUGGGGGUCCGACAAGGUUCUCGCUUGCAGAAUUUGGCCAUGUCACUGGCUUACCUUGUGGGGAGUUCGAGCAGGGGUACGAGGUAGAUGAAAAAACGAAGCCGAAGAAAACAAACUAUGUUUUCUGGGACAAGUUGUUUGGGGGGAGGCGUAACUUGAAUUUAGAGGAUCUUGCAGCAAUGGUUGUGGGUGAAAUAACUCUGUCUCCAGGGAAGAAGCUAAGAAUAUGUUUGAUCAUCAUUGUUGACGGGGUGCUCAUGCCGAAAAUGCAGAAGCCAAAGCCGACGUUGAAGUAUGUUAAACUGGUGGAGAAGCUAGACAAAUUCUUCUCUUUUCCGUGGGGGCGUGAGUCAUUUUGGUGGACAAUUAGCACAAUGAUACCGCCUAAGAAGGUGUUGGGGAAGCGCGAUGACCCAGAAGGCAUUUUCUGCGCCCAGCUGAGGCAGGAGACUAAAUUCCUAUUGGGGUUUCCCCUUGCACUGCAGCUUUGGGUGUUUGAAGCCAUUCCAGUUCUGCUUGACCGGCUAGGAGGCGAUGACAGUGUUACGCUCUUGAGCUAUGUUGGGGACAAGCUUCCCACACAUACGGGGCUGGUGUUAACUGAUGUGCUUUAUGUGGAGCAUAGUCCUAAGUUGACGGUUCUACCUAUGAUGGAGGUUGAUGAGGAUAGAGAUGAUGAGUGGGGUGUGUUCGACUGUGAGAUAUUUGUUAGGAAAGUUGCGUACAUGGUGGACCUUUUGAUAUCGGGGCACAAGUUCCAGAAGGGGGAGUGGGGUGGCAGUGAUGUUGCAGAACCACUCUAUGUCCAUGACCCAACAGUGACCGAAGUGAAAAAGAAAAUCAGGAAAUUAACUCAGAAGGAAGAGGCAGGGGCUGUGAUGAAGCAGAGGAGGCUGAGCAGGCCUCAGGCAGUGGCUGAACACGCUCUGAAAGAAGGAGAUGGUGUCCCACUGUUGUAUACUAAGAAGGAGGACGUAACUGAGCAGGCCCAUGUGGUAAUAUUUGGUAGUGGGAGUAACACAUUCUAUAUAACUGAGGAAGAGGGGUCCCAGGGGAGCCAGUUGCUUGCGGCACUGAAGUGGCUUACAAGUGUUUCACAGGAUUUUGGAGACCUUAAUAGGCUGGUGGGUGUCAUCACACGCGGGGUGACGGGUACGGUGGCUGAGAAAGAGGUUGGAAAGGCAACGGAAGGUGGUGCAGCCACAAAGGACACUGAUGGUCAGAGCAUGGAAGCUGAUGGUAAUGCAAUGGAGCGGGGCAAUUUGAUGGAAGGCCCUAAUGAGAAGAGUGGUGAAGCGUUAAAAGUGGACGAGAGUGUGGCGGCGUUAGAUGUAAAAGAAGCUAAGGGGGGCGGCAAAAAGGGGCCCACUGUCGACAGUUUAGUGGCUGAAAAGACCGUUGAAAAUUGCCCCAAUGCUGAACAUAAUGUCGCCCUUGCGAAGCAGGCAGUGGUGGAUGAGGAAAUAGUUGGGGAGGAGGCAACAUCAGAAGGUGAGGGAUGUAACAGCGAUGGCAAUGGAGAUAAGUAA